AUGGAUGACAUCCUGUUAGCAGCAGACAGCAAGGAGCAGUUGAACAGCAUGGAGCAUUUAGCCAGAGAGUUGUUGCAACAAUAUGGAUUGGUUGUUGCUUCUGAAAAGCGACACUCCCUCACUACAAAACCUCGCCGUGCAAGCCCAGCGGAGCGGGGCCGGUUCUUCUCCACACCAACAGUUUCUCGGCUGACAUCAGAUGAACUGAUUCUGAUGCGUAAUGAACUCUUCAACAAAGAGAAAGAGAGGCAGUUGUCUCUUUAUCCACGAAUUGAGAAAAUCGAAGUAAAAUACACUGGGAAAUCUCACCCUGGCACCGUGUUUGUAAUGAACAAAGCCUUGUCUACUCCAUACAAUUGUGCCAUGCACUUAAGUGAGUGGCAUUGCAAGAAAUCUGUUCUAGCUCUUGUGGAUGGUGAAGUCUGGGAUAUGUACAAACCUUUGACCAAAUCAUGUGAAAUUCAGUUCCUUACUUUCAAAGAUGAAGAUCCAGAGGAAGUAAACAAGGCCUAUUGGCGUUCCUGUGCCAUGAUCAUGGCAUGUGUGUUAAAGCGGGCAUUCAAAGAUGAGUACUCAGUCAAUCUGAUUAAAUCUCCAGAAGUGCCAGUGAUCUCUGGAGCUUUUUGUUAUGAUGUAAUUUUGGACAAUAGACUGAAUGACUGGAAACCAACAAACGACAGCUUCCGUUCCCUUACAAGGGAUGCCACAAAGAUAAUUCAUAAAGACCUGCCAUUUGAAACACUGCAUGUUGAAGCAAAAGUAGCACAUGAAAUGUUUCAGCAUAACAGGUACAAAAUGGAGAUGAUAGAACGAAAAGCUUCUCAGAAUGCAGAAGGAAUUGUAACAUUACAUAGGUUUGGUGACUUUGUAGAUGUUAGUGAAGGCCCUCAUAUUCCAAGAACAAGUUUCUGUUUCCAGUAUGAGAUAACGGCAGCCCAUAAUCUUCAAACUAACCAAUCUGAAUUGAUAAGGAGGUUCCAGGGUGUGUCCCUGCCAGUGCAUCUGAAGGCUUACCACAUCGUGUGGCAGAAACUGCUGGAAAGAUCAAAAAGGCUGGUCACUGAAGAAAAAUAUUUGGAAGCAGCAGCAGAAUGUCAUGAGGCAAAAGAUGGAACUGAAGAAGGAAAAACUGUAUCAAUUUAAAUUAACCUCUAAAUGUACAUAAUAAAAUGUGUAUUUUUACAUGACUUACUGUGCUUCAUCUAGAAAUGUCUUUGGUAAUUAAUUUGAAUUCUGUGGACUUAAAUCACAGAUAGAUUUCAAGCCAUUAUCAGUCAUUUCAGUCCACUUAAAAAAUUUCACUUAAAACAUUACCUUCUCCCCUUUGUUUUAUUUGCGCUAACUCAUCUUGCAAGUUGUCCUUAUCUUGAAAGCAAUUGUAUGUGUCCCUGUGUGGUCCUCUGUGAUUAAAUGCAGCAUGGCCUACAGACUGUAGUUGAACUGGCAGCUGAAAAGGCCAUCCUCUUUAUCGUGAUAUAAUUUCAAGACCCCUUGUUUCGUCUCUUGUGAAGGAAUUACUCCCUUCUAAUUUCUGACCUGAUGUGUGUGUUUCUUGCUGGAACUUCCUGAUUAAAUUCCACUGAGUGCUUUGCCUACUGCAAUAGAAAGUUGAGACAAAUAGUACCUUAAAAAA